GACUUGUCUAGCUCAUACACAAAAAAGCCAAUAACAGUAAAUUGGCUCUGCCCUUUUCUUUUAAAAGGAUUUUUCUGGUCUUUUUAUCGAACACUCGGUGCAGUAAAAUUAAUUAAAUUAUUUUUUGAGAAUAUUAAAGAAAAUAGUUAAAAGAAAAAGAUGAGAAAUGGGAGGAGCUGGCUGGGUUUCCUGAUGCUAUCACUGUUUCUGGGCUUCUCUUUAGCUUCUGAUCGGAAAUGGUGGAGGAAAUCAGCACAACCAACCGAAACGAUGUCGUCUAUGAUGCUCAAUAGAGCCGGUUCCUCCCUUGUAUUCCCAGUUCACGGAAAUGUUUAUCCAACUGGGUACUAUAAUGUCACCCUGUAUAUAGGUCACCCACCAAAACCCUACUUUCUGGAUCUUGACACUGGUAGUGAUCUCACAUGGUUGCAGUGUGAUGCUCCCUGUGUCUCCUGUACCGAGACACCUCAUCCCCUGUACCGACCAAGCAAUGAUCUUGUACCUUCUAAUGACCCUCUCUGUAUUGCCUUGCACUCACCGGGUAAUCAUCAAUGUCAAGACCCGGAGCAAUGUGAUUAUGAAGUUGAGUAUGCAGAUGGAGGAUCAUCCCUUGGUGUUCUCCUCAGAGAUGUCUUUGCACUCAACUACUCAAACGGAAUACGAAUUAAACCUCGUUUAGCACUUGGAUGUGGGUAUGAUCAACUUCCUGGUGCAUCUCAUCAUCCCUUAGAUGGUGUGCUUGGCCUGGGAAAAGGAAAAGCCAGCAUCCUCUCACAGCUUCAUGGGCAGGGUUUGGUGAAGAAUGUUGUCGGGCACUGUCUGAGCGGACGAGAAGGAGGAUAUCUCUUCUUUGGAGAUGAUCUUUAUGAUUCUAGACAUGUAACUUGGACAUCCAUGUCUCGCAACCAUCCUCAACAUUAUUCACUUGGGGAUGCUGAACUCACUUUUGGUGGGAAAACCACUGGGAUUAAAAAUCUACUCGUAGUUUUUGACAGUGGAAGCUCCUAUUCUUAUUUCAAUUUGCAGGCAUAUGAAGCUUUAACAUAUUUGAUAAAGCGAGAACUAACUGGAAAGCCCUUAAAAGAAGCUCCGGACGAUGAUACCCUCCCACUCUGUUGGAAAGGGCGUAAACCUUUCAAAAAUAUACGCGAAGUCAAGAAAUACUUCAAGUCUUUGUCCCUAAGCUUCAGCAGGGGAUGGAGAUCCAAAACUCAUUUCGAAUUACACCCCGAGUCUUAUCUCAUAAUAUCAAUGAAGGGAAAUGUUUGCUUGGGAAUUCUGAAUGGCACUGAAGCUGGGUUGCAAGACAUAAACCUCAUUGGAGAUAUAUCGAUGCAAGAUAGGAUGGUGAUUUACGACAAUGAAAAGCAAGCAAUCGGAUGGGUGGGAGCAAACUGUGAUCAGAUUCCUAAGUCCAGAACUACCAACAUUUGAUGAAUAUGAAAGGAUGUUAUUUAUACUGUUCUAUACUGUGCACUUGGGUUAUCACCUCUAUCCACAUAGAAACUAUCACAGGAGGAGUAAAAAUUGUAGAAUAUAAUCAUUUGUAUGUACACUGAUAAGGUAUAUAAUCCAGGACAUGUUAGUCCAUGAUGUAUAAUUGUUAGUUUAGUUCAUAAAAUUGCCUCUUCCACUGUAA